AUGAGGGACAUUGUGGCGGCAACCUUCGCCAACCCCCCCGCCCCGCAGGCGCCCGCGCGCAACCCCUCCCCGCCCAACCCGCAGACCCCCUCCUCCAUCGAGACGUACAACUCGCAUCGCAGGGUCAAACGACCUAAACUCGGCGACCGACGAGUCUACCGACCGGUCCGACGACACACGCUGUCGCGCAUCGACGAGACGCCGCCGCAGACGAGACCGCGAUCUAAAAGUUUACAGCACUCGACGGAUUUCUCGUCGACGCGCCAGAUCUUACGAUCGCGGUCGAACAUCUCGGCGGAUACGAGUCGCAGCGUACCGGUGUGUAACCAGAGUCAGGAUAUCGACAGUACGAGCCCGCAGUACGCGGAGCCUAAGUACUCGUCGGGCUCGUCGGACGAAAGACCGGUGUCCAUGUCGGACCUGCCCAUCAUGGUGCCCCUGGACCCGGUGACCGGCGCGUACAUCCCCUACCCAGAGUACGCGUACUACGACGACAGCGGCCGCAGUCGCUUCCGGUGGAGGUGCAAGAAGUCUGCUAAGCCGAACAACCUGUUCCUGGCUUUUAUGUAUUAGCGCGGCGCGAGUCGCCGACCGAUCCGUUGAAAUAAUUUGUGCCUGAAGCAGUAAGCUCAAUGGUAUAUCAAUUUAAACUUUACUGCUUUAAUAUAAGGUUGAAAAUAGCACCGGGUCGGUCGUCGACGGACCAUGGUUGUGGAGUUUCGAUGCCGUUACAGUGUGCGAGCCCGCUCCUGCUUCUAUCUCGACGUACACUGCUAUGGGUGGCCCGAAUCUGGUGAGACGACGUACUAUUGGCACCUUUUAUUAUGGCACGAGGGUUUUUGCGAAGCGAUCUAAUGCACCAACUUUUUAAUAAAAAAUAAAGAAAUAAUGUUCAAGUGUCAACAUUAUUCUAAAGUCAGGUAGCAGAACAAUGAGAAAUUUUAAUAGAUAUCUAAUGCUACUUGUCUCUUUCACUCCCGCAUAAAACAUUGCCAUGUCGGUGGUCAGGCAAAUCUAUAGAAACAAUAGCAAUAAGGAAAAGACAGUGUUAAGUUACGAUAUUAAACAAACGAUAUCAAAAUUUAUAGUAUGCCAAUAAUUUGUGAUUAAGUAAAUAAAUCAUAAUCUCUCGUGCGAAUGUACGAAAAAGACGGCACUAUAUAAUAUAACUCAUAUGACCACAAGAUGGCAGCACUAUCGCCAUUUCGUUUCGCAAUCCCCAGUGUUACUGAGCACGGCUGUACGAAACUCUAACACCACCUCGAAAUUUCAUUGUUGAUUUCCAUCGUUUGAACAAAACCCAUACGAAUUUAGUGUAUAAUUAUUUAAGAGGUUUAGGAGUUAACUCCGCCAUAAGUGAAUCGAGGGAACAAACAUUUAGGGUAAGGUCUUUUAUUUUGUAACGAAAUCUUCUGCGAAUGCAAACUCAGGAAUAUAACAAGAUGGGAAUACCGAUUUCAAGCAAACAGCCAAAAAUUUAUAAAAAAAAGAGGCUAUAUUACACUGACAAUAUUAUUCUGUAUGUAAUUUAUUUCGCCUAAACACAAAAUAACAAUUAAUAUACAGCAGUAAACUAAUGUGGUCGCACGGUAGUGCAUAUGCCAAGUUCAAAUUCUCUCUUGAUAUUAUAUUCCUGUUAUGUACUUAGUGCCUUCGGAUUAUGUAAUGCUCAUUUAUGUAUUUAGAAUUAUCAUAUCUUAGCGUAAUGUUUAGUUCAAUGUACUUGAUUUUAUACAACAGUAAAAUAUUUUUAUGACAUCGAAAAUGUAGAAGAAUAGCACGUAUUUUUCGAAAAACACUUAGAACCCACUGUCCAACAAAAAAAGCUUUAGACCUACCCCUUUCUCAUAAAAAUACUUACCCAGCGAAUAUUCAAGAACUGCUUGAUCUUUGUAUGGCACAUUAGAAAAGUGAUAGGACAGACAAAGAGCGGACCUUGAAUAUGCUACGUAAUUAUCUUUAUCAGUAAGGGGGACAUCCAUAUACUAUGAUGCUACCCCCAUAUACUUUUGUACGGGAUUUUUUUUUCGGUAUGGUAUUAGAUUUCAUUUGUAUUAUAUCUCUUAACUAGCGACUGAUACAGGAUCCGUCCUACGACGUAUGUUUAAGUACACAUCGAAUAUAUAUUAGUCAUAGUCAAUAAUAAGUCAAAUUGUAAAAUAAUCAAUUUAGAUUAUAUAUUAUGUAAUUAGUUAUUCGGUAUAUUUUUGAUUAUUUUCCAUUUUAGAUUAUCGUAUUUAAAAUUUUCGGAAAU